AUGGCGAAGCAACAAGAGAACGCUUGUCAGACCGAAGGUGGGACUUCGACAUGCUUUGGAGGCUUUGUCAACCAAACUGAAAGACCCGGUUUUGCCCCUAGCCUUUUCGAAGUAGAAGCCCACCACUGGCUCGAUACAUCAUGGCAGAGUCACCCCUGA